CAAACCAACCAGGAAGUGAAGGCGGAUCGCUGCCUCAUCACGUGUGUCUGUGUUUUCACAGUGAAGAAGCUGCAGAGUCACAACUUUCUACGUUUAGAUAUAAACUCAUUAAUAUUGUGGAAGAACAACAGGUGUAUGGGCGUGGUCUUCUCCACCUGGACUCUGGUCGCUGAGGAUCCUCUGAUCGAUUAAUGGCGGAAUAAUCGGAUUUCACGCUUCGUUCAGUGACUUCACGUGACCUGUGACGCUUGUGUCUGGACUGAACGUGUGGUUUCCGGUCAGCAUGAGUCAUCAGCCGCGGUCCAACCGGCCGAACCGGGACCGAAACGGGGAUCACCGACAUCACCGCGACUCCCACGACGACCGGGCGUCCUCUCGACCCCCGUACCUCCCCAGGGAAGACGACGCCCCCCCCAAACAUGUGCGGGAGGCUCCUCGAGUCGAGCGUCACGCCUCCAAGUGCACAAACAUCUGCUCCAGGAGAGGCAUCGUGCUGAUCUGCUCCGUGCUGACCAACGCUCUGGUGCUGAUCUGUGUGAUCGCCGCUCACAUGGUGUCGUCAGGAAUGUCCUCGGCCACCGCGAUGGGCGGCUUCAACAUCAACUCCAACUUCAACCUGCAGGGCACCGAGCUGCAGCAGGUUCGAGACCUGGACAUGCAGUACAGCCAGAUGAGGGCGCCGGGACUCUACGGGGGCAUCCCCUUCUGCCUGACCUUCGGCGUGUGCUCGCUGCUGUUUGCCGUCGCCGGCAGCAAACCCCCCCACCUGAUGUCGAGGAAGCUCCUGGUCGGAGCCCUGUUGUUUCAGGCGGUGGGUGCGGUGGGGUACGUGGUGGCUGUCGGCCUCUACCUGCACUUCAUCAUCGGGGUCAACUCCACGGACGUCUGCCAGAGGCGGGAGAGGCUGUACGCACGUAACGGCUACACCUGGAUGAGCUGCGACGUGAACGGGGCGGACGCAGCCGUGGCGCUGUUCGGCCUCAUCACCGCCAUCCUGUACACGGUCGGCACGGUGCUCACCUUCCAGACCGUCCGAGGAGUGAGGCGCUACCUGCAGGAGCGAAAGCGGCGAGAGGCGGAGAGACCCAGGGGCCCGCUGAGGGCCGAAACCACUUCCGUGUGAGGGGGGCGGGGGGUCUGCAGCCUGUAAAGUAGAACAAACUCCCGACCAAUCAGCUCACUGGAAAGAUUAAUUCUCAUUUCUACAGAUUCUCAUCAGGGACAAAAGUGUUUAUAAUAAUAUUUGUAUAGGUUUUACACCCAGGUCACAGUGGGUCGCUGUUUGUGUUUCCUCGCUCGUUUCUACCACAGACUGUAAACAAAGAUGGACGACGCGUCUCCACUUCCUCCCGCUGCCCAGACAUGGAGCCAAAACAUCACGGAUACGCCGCCAUCUUGUGCCGAUUGGGGGACGGGAUCGUUUGUCAGUCCCAGCUGUCAAUCAUGACAUUUCAUGGGGUGCAAAUAUUAUCUAAUGGAACUAAAGCUGUUGUUUCUGCACUUUAUAUUACAAAUACAAAGAAAAUUGGAUUAAAAUCCUAAACUCGGCUGAUGUCGGUGAAGAAUAUUCACUUGGAGAAACGGCGGCAGCCCUCAGCUCUCGGUGUUUCUCUGAGGUCAGGACGAAUCGAGAGGUAACGAACAAGGAGCUGAGAAGAAUAAAAUGCCACUGUGAAAUUCAGGGUCCAGUAUAACAGUAUAAUUAUGUCCAAGAUGAAGACGUGUCCUCUGGGAUCAAAAGGGACUGACACACUAAUGAAUGAGGAUUAUUAGCUGCCUAUCAUGUUCUUAAUGUUUUUUAUCUUUGUCAGAAGUUUGUCAUAUUGCUGUAUGUUUUUAUAAAGUUUUUAUCCACUCCAAUUAAACCUCCACUAAUGUGACUCUA